AUGGCUAGCCAUCUAAGAUCAGUUAGCUUGCCCUCUAGGCCUCACCGCGAAGUUGAAGAGGAGCUGUGCAGCCUAGAGGCAUGCAUCUCUUCACCCUCCUUGGCCAUCGAGACAAUCUCUGAUUGUUUGUCGAGGCUUGGAGACAUGUACUGCUCUAUCGAGGAAAUAAUGUGCCUGCCCAGCAACCAAGUUUGCUCCUCCCAGCAAAGAAAGAUGUUGGAUGGAGAAAUGGAAUGCUCCCUUGAGCUCUUGGAUCUCUGCAAUGCAAUGCACGCAGAGUUUGCCGAGUUGAAGAACAUCAUCCAAGACCUGGAAGUGGCUAUCCGAAAAGGAGACGAUGCAGGCGUUCAAGUCGGGAUUCAGUCUUACUCUCGUUUAUUGAAGAAGGCGAAGAAGCAUUUUAAGAAGACCGCGAAGAAGGUUAUUUCUUACAAGGAAGAUUGCAGGAUGGUCACAUUGUUGAGCGAGGCUAGAGAGAUCACCGUCUCUCUGCUCGAGUCAACACUUCAUCUCUUGUCCAAGCAAAUCAUAACGCCAAAACAGUCUCUCAUCUCCAAGGCAUUCCAGAAGAAAAAUUCAGUUUUGUGCAAGGAGGAGCAGAUGCAGAUGCUAGGUUGCAGCAUCGGAGAUCUUGAGGCUGGGGUAGGACUUCUGUUCCGGAGAUUGGUCCAGAACAGAGUUACCCUCCUGAACAUUCUUAGCGUAUAG